GUGUGUCAAGGACACGUGUAACACUUAUAACUCAAAUAGCACUGACACUCGCUGCUCAGUACUCAAGAUAGUGUGUACGGAGUUACAGACAAGUAACAGCAAACAUGAGUGUAUGGACAGAUUGGCUAGACUUUAUCCCAGUCGUGGGUACAGUCAAGAACACGGUCGAAGCUGUAACAGCCGUCUGCCAUGGAGACUAUGACCUUGCGAAGGAGAAAGGAGCCAGUGCCGCUUUGGGUCUUGUGCUGGAUGUUUUCACAGGUGGUACCGAACAUGCCGCUGGGACUGCCGCCCUCAGACUGGGUGAAAAACUCGCAGUCAAGGGCACUACAGAAAAAGUUGUCGUGAAUGCCAUGGCUAAAGUCGCGGGCAGAGCUGGUGCGAAAGGAGUUGCUGAUCGGGUUCUGAUCCACGAAUUCGUCAAAAAAUCCAACAGACCCAAAGACCCAAAGACCAACGAGGGUGAAAAGAAAACAUCUCAACGUGGUGAACAUGUCAUCAACAACAACGUUCUGAAGGUGUUUCGAACAAUGAUUGACCGAUUUGCUGCUAAGAUUGGAAGCACUGCAGCUCAACUGCUUGAAAAAAAAGAACACACAGCAGCUCAUCAAGCAUAUUACGCACCCCUUCCUGAAGCCACCACCCAGUCUAUCAGGUACCACAUGGUUGCACACAUUCCGGAAGAGGACCCAUACAUUGAUGCCAACGCAACAGUCUAUGGUAUAGCCAGUGGGGCGAUAUCUGACAUGGUGGUCACUUACAUGUACGACUAUUAUGGCAACAACAGCUACAAUGCUCCAGUUGUCGAUAGGAGCAUCACCGAGCUGGUUCAUUUACUGAACGAAAGUCACUUGUAUGUGGAUGAAUACGCCAAGCAGUACUGGCUACACCAUGGCGGGAGUGAGGCCACGUUUGAGGAGAGCAGACGACAAGUGGUGCAGAUGUUCAGACGUCUGUGUACACCGACAAGUGGGGAGAACGAGGCAAAGCAGUGGGUGCGUGAUCUUACUGGCCACAUUUAA